CGGAUGGAUGCGGCGGCUGAGGCCCGGCCUGGAUCGAGGGCAGCUUCUGCAAAGUGCCGCCGCACUUUGUGCGCCUUCGGAAGGGUCACCUGCCGCCAUGUGGCCGCCGCUGGCCGGCCUGCUGCUGGCGCUGCUGUCCUGCAGACCCCUCCGAGCGGUUGGGGGCCGACCCCUGCCGAGCCCCGCGGAGGGGGCCGGGGCGCCGGGCCUGCCCCCGGAGCGCUGCGGUCAGACGGCGGCUGGGGUUAUCAGAGAGAAUUUGGAGCUUCAAAAAGAGAAGGGAUGUCUGGGUAUGACAGCAGUGCCUUUACCUCUGCUCAUUCAAGCAAAUGAAGCCCCUCACCAGCUCUUGACUUCUGCAGCCUCGGAUGAUCAGUGGAGCCAUUCAGUGUUUACUUUGAUACCCUCAUGGACAAAGAAGAUUUUGUUCAGACGAGAGUCUUCUGUUAACCACCAACUGCCUGAAGAUGUGUCUAGUAUGUCAGUGUCUUCUGAAUUUGGAAUAACCUUUCAGAAAUGUGGUGUGGUGGAUGCUGAGCAUGACCCUCAAACAGCAUACAUUACACUUCUGAUUAAUAACACCAACACACUGCUUUCAACAAACAUUACAGAUCUUACGCUUCUCGACAAUAUCACUGGUCUACAUGUUGAAAAAAGCAAUGGUAAUAAGACCACAGAUGGCAUACAGAUUUACGGGAAAGGAUUCUUGCAAGGUGGAGAGCAUUUUACAAUCAACUACUCUGCACUUCUUGAUGGAAAAGAAAUGUGGGAUGGCAGAGUCUUGAUACUGCCUGCAAAGCUAACUUUCAGGAGUUCAUCACAGAAUAAAACACACCUUGUGUCAUUGACAGCAUUGUUCACCAUAACUGAAGAAGAAAAGACCAAGAGUUUGUCCAACCAUGCCAUCCAUGCUUCAGGGUUCUUCAUUGCUUUUUUUGUUUCCCUCGUAUUGACAUGUGCCCUUUUUUUCAUUGUUUACCGAACCCAAAUAUCAAAAUGGAGUUUCUGUAGUCAAAACCAGGAAAUACAGCACGAACUCGGCCAAAAUCACAAACUGGAGCAUUCUCAGUUUACUUCAGGUGAUCUCUUUAGUGAAGAUAUAAUUAUGAGUGACCAGAUAAUCGAUAUUUUGUCUUUUGAAGAAUCUGGGAACAUGCUUCAGGCUUUGGAAGACUUGGAGAUUGCCAGCCUGACACGGGCAGAUGCUGAUUUAGAGGCAUAUCGAAUGCAAAUAUGUAAAGAAGUGAUUGCUAUGAUGCUUAAGAACAUGGUCUUAAGUCACAGCCUCUUUCCUCAUGUGGAGAAGAGAAUGAGUUCAGUUUUCAAAAAGCAGUUUCUUGCAAUGGAGAAAGAGAUUCAAGAGGAGUAUGAAAGGAAGAAAGUGGCUUUAACAGCUGAAAGUAAUCUAGAGACAAGGAAGAAAAUGGAGGCUCAACAUCAGAGAGAGAGAAAUGCAAAUGAAGAGGCUGAAGAAUUAAUGAAGAAAAUGAAUGAAAAGCCUGCUGUAGAAUACAGAAGUCUUCUGGAUAGACUUCACAGACUGGAGCAGGACCACCUGAAGAGAUUCCUUCUGGUAAAGCAAGAGGAACAUUUUGCAAAUGCUUAUAGACAACUGGCUGUUACCCAGAGAAAGGAGCUCCAUAAUAUCUUUUUUACGCAGCUAACAAAUGCUACAUUCAAGGGAGAACUGAAAUUGGAAGCAGCUAAAACAUUAAUGGAAGAUUACUCUAAAAUACAGGGAGACAUUGAAGAGCUAAUGGAUUUUUUGCAGGCUAACAAGAAAUAUCAUCUGAAUAGAAGAUUUGCUUACAGAUUAUAUCUUAUAAGUAACAUACAGUUAAGGAAUUCUCAAGCCUCUGCUCUUAUAAAUGCAGCAGCAACCCAGAUAUCAAGUCUCAUUAAUAAGAUGGAAAGAGCAGGUCAUCUACCUGAAAGUCAUUUGGAAGUGCUACUGGACCGAGCUGAGGCUGAAAUUAAUUCUGUUAAACAGAAAUUCAAUCAUGAUUUAAAACAAGAAAAGCAAAAGCUUCGCCAGAAACUCAUUACCAAGCGAAGGCGGGAAAUGCUAGAAAAGAUGAAUCAGCAGAAAGAGCAGUGGAAGGAGCAGCUGUCACAUGGAGACCCCUUCAAAUUUACUAAGGAGGUCACUCACUACCUGAACCACUGGAAAAGUCUUCUGAGUGAUCACACCAUUGAUUUUGAAGAACUUAUUGAAAAGCUUGACAAUGAGGCCACUGAGGAGCUGAAAGAGCUCCUAUUUAGUCUAACAGAGAAAACCGUUGAAGAGCUUAAACGUUUUCAAUAUGGAGUAUUCGUGCAAGAACUGGUAAAGCUCAGUGUGCCAAAGAUGUUCCUACUGGAAGCUGUGGAGGAGCAUAAAAAAGAGAUGGUUGUUAAACGUGGACAGCUUGAAAGGGAAGAGUGUGACAAGAGCACGACUGCUGAAGAGCUGCUUCAGCUCACCAGACAGAACCUGAGCCAAGAACUGGAAGCGAGCCUUUUGGAACAAAAAAAAUUAAGGAGCUGGGAACAAUCAGUAUUUAUGCAACUUCUAAGUUUACCCCUCUCACUAUCAGAAGAGGAAUUGCUUAGAAUGAGGCAAGAGCUGCACUGCUGCUUCUCUCAGGUGGACAGCAGCUUGGCUUGGCCCAAGAUAAGAGCAAGAACCUUGCUUCAGGAUUUUGAGGUAGAAUGGAGGGACACAGAACUGCUGAAGGUUGAUCAAAAUCUAGCCCUGACCAAUAAACAGCUGCAUUCUAAAGCAGGAUCCAGGAAUAGAAAUAAGAUAGAUAUUCUGAAAAAAUCUUUACAAGACAAAAUUUUAAUUUAUGAAGACUCAGUGAAAGGUGAAAAUUUGGAUAAGGUUAAGGACCAGUUGCUGCUUGAGAAGGAGGGUCAGCUGUGCAACCUGGAAAAUAAACUUGGAGAGUAUAUCACUUCUUUAGCCUUUCAAAAGACACUUAAAAAAUCCAAAAUAUUGGAGCUGUAUACGGCUGUUAUAAGUGUACAAGCUUUGCUCUUUGAACAACUGAGCACAUCAAAAACCCUGUCAAAAUUGGAAUGUAUUCAGAUUCUAGAAGCACAUAGUCCUGAGAUUGAAGAACUUGACAGGAAGCUGGAGUAUGAGGUGUUGCGGAAGGAGUCAGCUCAGCAGCAUCUAAUGAGUAGACAGAGAUGGACUCUGGAUGGAUUGGGACUUCCAAGUGAAGCUCUGGAAAUGGAUGUAGACAGACAGAUGACAGCUCUGCUAAAACAGGCCAUGAAUAAAUGUAGGCAAUUUAUAAAUCUGCACCAGCAAAGCUUGAGAGAUGAGCAAUGGAAUUGUGCAGUGCUUGAAGAUCUCCUGGAAAAUAUAGAAAUGGAUGCAUUUUUGGCACUUUAUAGUCAGGAGCUUCGACUGGCAGGUUAUUUGGCCACAUUGACGAGGGUACCAAUGGGGACAUUGCACAGGAUCCUGAACAUGUUGCUGCCCUCCAGCUCACAAAGUGAGGUUCUUUCUGUCCUGGAUUCCAUCAGUAAAUAUUCAGGUGACAUUGCUGAAAGUGACAGUAAUGCAGACGAGUCUGGCAGCUGUAAGAAAAGGAAGAACCAAGAGUUGUGGCAAGCAGUGGAGAACAAAGUAAGGCAAGAUCUGAUAAGUGGAAGUUUGGAAGAUAUUCCUUCUCUAAACAAGAGAAAAGACAGCGUGAUAAAGAAGAAGCAACUUGCAUUCUUGGAAAAAGCAUCAUUCAUGCAUCUUGAAUGUUUGCCUACAUGUCUUCCUAUGGAACGGUCUGAUCCACCUGACCCUUUGAGCACUGCAGCUGCUGAAGCCAUAGAGCUGUUAGACACUGGGGAGAAGGUAUUUUUGUUCCGUGAGCUGAGUGUCCCAGCACAUCCAUGGCAUAAUUCUCCAAGGAAGAAGAAAAAGAACUUUCUUAAUUCCAAAAAGGCUGCUCGUGCAAAUAUGGACUUGUGAGGGCAACUUCCAUUCCAAGGAUCAGUUGGGGAAGAGGAAGUUAUUUAAAGUAUCAGUAAAAUGAUAGCAUGAAGCACACAGUUUAAACAACACACGUGUUACUUUCCUCUCUUUCGUCUGAGGUUUUAAAUAGCUGCAAUUUUAGAAGGGUGCAGUUGGCCACGUGCAUUGUGCAUUUUGUUGUGCCUGUCAGCCUGUGAGGCAGAAGUUGAAUUAUGGGUAUUUUAUGAUGCAUAUUCUGGCAGACAGGACUCGCUGUUCUUUCAGUACAUUUUGAUUACUUUUGCACUGAUUUUCCUGUAGCUAUUUUUUCAUAAUUUAUAUAGAAAGAUUAUUUAUUCUAUAAAGUAAAUACUGAUUUACUACUCUUGUAUUUAUAUAUCCUUGUAAUAAACUGUGGUAUAGCAGAUGAAAUGAAGAGAUGAAGUGGAUGACCCACAAGUCCUCAGUUCUCUGAUUUUCUGUUAUUCUAGCUAAUGUACUAUUUAAUGUUGUGUUCUUAAUAGGCUUUGAAUGUUACUUCUGUAGUCUGUGUUCUACAGUGAUAGCUGGUAGUUCCAGAUCUUGCAGUGUAAAUGUAUGUCCUUAGCCUAAUAUUCUGGAGUGACUUCAGCUUUUCUCCAUUUUUUCUAAAUUUAACUUCGGUUGAACUAUGACUGUGGCUACAGUUCACAAAUAUGUUAAAUACUUGCAAACUGUUGCAGUCUUUGUCUUCAUAGAAUCACAGAAUGGUAGAAGUUGGAAAGGACAUUUAGAGAGCAUCCCUGCUACAACAGUUCCACCUAGAUCAGGUCACACAGGAACACAUCCAGGUGGGUUUUGAAAACCUCCAGAGAAGGAGACUCCACACCCUCCCUGGGCAGCCUGUGCCAGGGCUCCCUCACCUGAACAGUCAAAUAGUUUUUUCUUAUAUUUAAAUGGAACUUUUUGUGUUCCAGUUUCAUCCCAUUACCCCUUGUCUUGUUGGUAGCUACUAUAGAAAAAAGGGAUGUCCCAACCUCCUGACACCCACCGUUUAGAUAUUUGUAAAUGUUAGUGAGAUCCACCGUCAAUCUCCUCUUCUCCAGACUAAACAGCCCCAGUUACCACAGUCUUUCCUCAUAAGGAAGAUGAGGAACUGGAAAGAUAUCUUAGUGAGCCACUACUGUCACACUUGCUCAGUAGAAAAGAAGAAAACAUAAAUGGACACAUAAUACCUUCAAAAGCUUUUUGAUUGCAAUGUUGCCAACUGUCACAGUUUUAGGUGUGUAUUUUUGAAGUUCUUGGUGCUGGAUUUCUCUAAAUUGAUGGGAAUAUCACUUUACAUUUUUAAAAGAGUUAAUUUUUAAACUUUUCUAGUUGACAGAAUGCACUCUGUAAAUAUGAACCCUAAAAACAGAAAAAGGCUAAUUAAAAUAAAUACAUGCAUUUGUAUCACAUAUUUCAUGAUAUUCAUGCAUUUUUAUCAUAUAUUUCAUGAUAUUCAAGCCUGUUUUGAGGGGUUUUGAACUGUUUGCUAUUCUCUGAGAGUACUGUGACCAUGUAUUUUGCAGUUUUUUGUGUAUGGAGUUGCUGUGUCUUUGUAC